AUGAUUCAGGGAGCCAACUCUAUGGGAACAAGGCUUAAUUUGUUAUACUUCCAUUGCACUUCAUUAAGAUUGCUGAAAAACUCGCCGGAAGAUUUGUAUGAUGAAGAAUAUUAUGACGAACAAUUGCCGAAGAAGAAGCGUCAUCUCACUCCUGAGCAAGUCAAAUUUUACCCUACUGUGCACUUGCUGGAGAAAAGCUUUGAAACGGAGAACAAGCUGGAGCCAGAUCGCAAGACCCAGGUGGCUAAGAAGCUAGGCCUGCAGCCACGGCAGGUGGCGGUGUGUUCGUGUUCGGAGACAACCGGAAUUUUACUAAAAAUUAUCUGGCUUUAG